AUGGAUUUUCCUGAUAGCAGUUCUGUGGACAGAGCAAGCGCGGUCAGACGGCCCGAGGCUCCGCGGCCAGUUUCAAGAAGAGGAUAUCGAGAAUAUACAAAUAACGGAUCAGCUAUGUCCAGAAGCGGCAGUAUGAGACCCACUUCAGCAUAUCGAGGGAGCACAGCUUCAAGACUGUCAACGGCAGGUUUCGGACCAGCUCCGCUGACUGCCAGCAGGCAGCCUACAGCAACGAUGACUGGCUUCUCUAUGAUUGAUAGACCGAUCACACAACAAGGCAUAUCGGGCCUUCGGACAGGAACAGCUAGGGGAUUCCGGACUAGGCAGUUACAAGAUAAACGAUACUGGGAAGAGUUAAUGCACGUGAAAGUUCGCGAGAUGAAAGCGGAGAUUGCUCGUUUAAACGAACAAGUAGAGUCCGGUGAAAGAGAGCGAUCUGCGAAAAAACACUACGAAAAGAGAGUCAGAGAACUUGCACAGGAAUUAACAGAUUUACAAGGAAGACUAGCAGAUUAUAACACAGCGAUUCGCAUAGCUAAUGGCGAAGCUACAAUACAAUCGGUAGAAGAACAAACAAGAGAAUUGGAAAUAAACAACAAAAAGAUGCAAGAGGAUGUUGAACAGGUGUUUUUGGAAAAACAGAGAAAGGAAAAUCAAUUAAGGCAAUUGAGGGAACAGAUGGAUAAGGAGCAAUCAACAAUAUCGCAACUUUUGUCAGAAAUGUCAGCAGACCAAAGAGAACAAUAUAACGAACUAGAGGCUACUGCUGCUGCCUUAAGAGAAGAAGUAGAACAAGCUAGGACACAAAUCGACCACCUUAAUAGGGAAAAAGAAGAAUUUAAUAAAGAGAUCUCUGUAUCACAAAUAAAGGUACACUUGCUGGAAUUGCACAAACGAUUAGCAGCAGCAGAAGAGAAGCGUGAUAGUCUGAAGAAUGAAAUUAACAAUCGAUUGGAUCCUCAAGAAGAGAGAGAGAAGCUGUUACAACAGGUUCGUGAAGAUAAUGCAGCUAUUGCAUCAUUGGAUAGUAAUGCUGCUAAUUUAAAAGAGCAAAUCAAGAAAGUGCAGGAACUAAUAGAACAAGCAGAACAGGAUCUCGAAGAAGGUAAUUCCGAACGUCACCAAAAAUACAGAGAAUUGAAAAAGAGAGAAGAAACCAUGGACGCUUUUAUGUCGACCUACGAAGAAAAUCUUGCAAAAGAAAAAGACAAAAUAGAACAACUAGAGAAAGAUAUAGUUUUCGCUCUAGAACACAGCAGCUCCAAUAUCGAUUUAGAUUUAAGCGAAAUAGACUCGCUAAAGAGAAAGGAAGGAUAUACAUUUGCAUAUGACGAGAGUAAGAAAACUGUGGAUACGUUAAUGAAAGAUUACGAAAGAUUUCAAGCUAACCUGAAAAAAGCAGAAGCUACUCGAGAGCGUCUUGUGACCGAAUUACAUAUGUUACCUGAGAAAACACGGGCCAUGGAAGAAGAACUCGUAACGCUGUCUGAUCUCGAAAGACUAAGAGAUGAAGGUGAAGAACAGAAGAAAGCCUUAGAAAGUGAGUUGAGACUUUUAAAAGAGAAGUUAGCCCCUACCGAGAGCGCAGUAAUAGAGGCCGCCAAUAAACUUAAGAAACUACAGGCGGCUUUAGACGGCAACGAGAUGUACGCAAAACUGAAUAGCCUAGAAGAUCAAGUAGCGCAUCUGGAGAAUAGAAAGACUGUGUUGGAAGAGGACAUAGCGUCAAUCACGCUUAAAGCCGACUAUGAACCACUAAAGAAGCAGGCUAUGGAAGAAUUAUCGCUGCUCAAUAAGAAAAUUAUAGAAGAUCUUAACAGCACUAAACCGUAUUAA